AUGGACAAGAAUUGGAUGCACGUGCCAAACAGGUUUACAUCACGGGAAUAUGGUGCUGGGAUUAAUCAACUCCUCACAAUGGCAAAAGCCCAUGCACCUGGAAGCACUACCUUCAGGUGUCCAUGCAAGAGAUGUUGUAAUAACAUCUUCCUACCAAUAAAUGAAGUCGAAGAUCAUCUAUUCACGAUAGGUAUUGACCCAAGUUAUACACAUUGGAUUUUUCAUGGGGAGGGUGAAAGUUGGAAUGCUAAUUCGUCAGAUGAUGAUGACGAAUCUAAUAAUCAAAGUCAGAAUGUUGUUGAUGAUAUGGAUGAGAUGAUAGAGGACAUUCGGGCUGGAGCAUUCAUGGACCAUGAUUUCGGGGAACAUGGUACUACUUCAGAGCCCAACAUGAGUGAGAGGCAAUCGAGAAAUUUCCAGAAAUUGUUAGAGGAUGUGAGACUUCCACUUUAUCCUGAUUGUGCAAAGUUCUCUAAACUUUCAUUUAUAGUUAAGCUGCUUCAUAUAAAAACAAUUGGUGGGUGGACUAUCAAGUCAUUUAACAUGGUUUUAGACUUGUUAAAAGCAGCUUUUCCAGAUAUUCAGUUGCCUAACUCAUACCACGAGGCCCGACGCUUAGAGCAUGGGUUGGGUUUUAGUUAUGUAAAAAUAGACGCCUGCCCAAAUGACUGCAUGCUAUUUUGGAAUGACGAUGCCGACAAAGAUUCUUGUUCUAAAUGCAAGGAGUCGAGGUGGGUGUCAAGCAGAGGGAAAAAGGGAAAGAUUCCCCAAAAGGUAUUACGAUACUUUCCUCUGACUCCUCGGUUACAAAGACUAUUUAUGUCAAAGAAUAUAGCAAAAUCCAUGAAAUGGCAUAGAGAACAACGAGUUGAUGACCAUAGUACUUUAAGACAUCCUGCUGAUUCUAAAAUGUGGAGACAAUUUGAUAAAGACCACAGUUGGUUUGCAGAAGAUGCUCGCAAUGUCAGAUUGGGGCUAGCUAGUGAUGGGUUCAACCCGUUCAAUAAUAACAGUAAACCUUAUAGCAUAUGGCCUGUGAUCCUCGUGCCAUACAACUUGCCCCCUUGGUUAUGCAUGAAAGAUCCGUACUUAAUGCUCUCAUUGCUCAUUCCUGGUCCCAAAGCACCAGGAAACGACAUCGACGUUUAUUUACAACCUUUAGUGAAUGAAUUAAAAGAUUUAUGGGAGAAUGGCAUAGAUACCUAUGAUGCAUCAAAGUCUGAAAAUUUUCAGUUACAUGCUGCACUAUUGUGGACUAUUAAUGAUUUUCCCGCAUAUGCCAAUCUUUCGGGGUGGAGUACAAAAGGAAAGAUGGCUUGCCCAUUAUGCAAUGAAGAUACAGAUUCCAUGUGGCUGAAACAUGGGAGAAAACAUUCUUAUAUGGGUCAUCGUCGCUUCUUGCCAUCAACCCACACUUGGAGAAAGAAAAAAACAGCAUUCAAUGGAAGCGAUGAUCAUCGCUUGCCACCUCCAGAGCGAAUGGGACAUGAUCUACUUCAUCAACUAGAGAAUGUUUGUAAUGUAGAAUUUGGCAAAGGCUCUCGAAAGAGAAAAUGCAGACCAGAUGAAUUGAACUGGACUAAAAAAAGUAUAUUCUUCAAUUUACCUUAUUGGUCAAUGUUGUCGUUAAGACAUAAUCUUGAUGUCAUGCACAUUGAAAAAAACAUUUGCGACAAUGUCCUAGGAACAUUGAUGGGUAUUGAAGGAAAAACCAAAGACACUGCUAAUGCACGUAGGGACUUGAUGGAGCUUGGGUUAAGGAGGGAAUUACAUUUACAACCUUCAUCGAAUGGGUACCAAAUGAUGCUUGGCUCCUACACGCUAGAUUUACUAGAGAGGAGACGUUUUUGUGAAUGGCUUGCAUCUGUUAAAUUUCCAGAUGGUUUUGCCUCAAAUAUCUCUAGAUGUGUUUCAGUUGCUGAUGGAAAGAUAUCGGGAAUGAAAAGUCACGACUGCCACGUGUUCAUGCAAAGAUUACUUCCAGUUGCAAUUAGUGGGUUUUUACGAUCCGAUAUACGACUUGCAUUGACUGAAUUUAGUUCAUUUUUCAAGGCUUUAUGCGCACGGACGUUGACAUUAGAAAUAUUGAAGCGACUACAAUCCGACAUUGCAGUUAUCCUCUGCAAGCUUGAGAUGAUUUUCCCACCUGCUUUCUUUGAUAUCAUGGUACACCUCGCCAUUCAUUUACCCCGCGAGGCUUACCUUGCAGGGCCAGUUCAAUAUAGGUGGAUGUAUCCUUUUGAGAGAUAUUUGGGAAAAUUCAAGCGUUAUGUCAGAAAUAAGGCUCGUCCGGAAGGUUCAAUUGCUCAAGCAUAUGUGCAUGUUGAAUGCUUGACUUUUUGCUCCUUGUACAUCCAUGAUAUUGAGACCAUAUAUAACCGGGAGGAACGAAAUAGAGAUAUAGAUAAGGGUGCAGAAGCUGACAAUUUGCCUAUUUUCUCACAAAAGGUACGUCCUUUGGGUUCGCCUACCUCCAAUCGAUUGGAUCAGACUCUCCUUGCAAAGGCAAGGUGGUACGUGCUUAAUAAUUGUCCAGAGAUUGGUCAGUACCUAGAUGAGCACUAUACAAAAGUGAAAGAAAUUUCCUCCGAUGAUGUAGAGCGUAGACAUGAAAUUGACUUUCCAAGUUGGUUUCGUACACGUAUUCAAGAACUACGUUCAGCAAAUCCUGAUGACAUCUCUGAAUCCAUAUAUGCACUCGCUUGUGGACCAGAUCCAUGGGUUGCUUCAUAUUCUGCUUGCAUAAUGAAUGGCAUCAGAUUUCACACUGUGUUGCGUGGACAAUAUCGCAAAACCCAGAAUAGUGGAGUGGUUGUUAAAGGGGAACACCUAUCAAAGCCUAUUGAUUUCUAUGGUGUAUUGAUCGACAUAUUGCAAUUACGUUACAUGGGUUGGCGUCAUGUAUAUUUGUUUAGAUGUGACUGGUUUGAUAGCAAUGAUAGGAGGAGAGGAAUACGUGUUGGGGACCACCUAAUUAGUGUCAACACUUCUCGCAAAUGGUAUAAGGAUGAGCCAUUCGCCCUUGCUUGUCAAGCCUCCCAAGUGUUUUACCUUAAAGACACUAGCCUGGGUGGUAAUUGGUCCGUCGUGCAAAAGGUGAACAACAGAAACAUGUAUGAUGUUCCAAUUAUACCAUUGGUCAAUGAUGAUGAGGAUGAGGAGGAAAAUUCCAAUUUUCCUGCUUUCCAAGAGAACGACCCCUCUUACGUAGAAGUUGUACCCGUAAAUAUUGAAAAUGAUACACAGAAUCCCUUGCAUAGAUCUGACGUAGAACCAAGCCAUGUUCCUGACUUGACACCAUUACAAGAUGCAAUACCCCUUCCUGAUGAUGAAGAGUUCAUUGAUGAUGAAGAGGAUGAAAAUGAUGAUAACCAAACCCAUAGCAGUGAAGACCUUCUGUCGGACAGUGGGAGUUUGUCUGACGAUGGUGUGCAUUGA